AUGAGCGUGCGUAGCACCUACUCCACGGGAAGCUCUGUAUUUUGGGCAGAUGUGCAGGGAAAUCCCAGCGAGGCACAGGCUGCUUGCCUGGCUUUCCCACCAAAUGCCAUCACAGUUUUUGUAUACUGCAGUUCAGUGACAGUGUUCUUCACAAUAAUAAAGGUGAUCAGUUACCGUCUGCAUCUUAUGUUUGAUAAAGGUGAAGUAAUUCAACAAAAGAUCUCAAGAAAAAAUGGAAGGCAAUGUAAAGAUACAGGAGUCCCAAAAGGAAACACAGUUCAGCCCUCAAAUUGUUGCAAUAAUAUGGGAGAUAAUGGUGUAAUUGUUGAGACCAACCAAAAUGACUCUACUCCAACAAGCGACAGCAGUUCAAGAGUACAGGCUCUCCACUCCCAGAACUCGUCUGGAGCAAUGGAGCUGCCAACACGUGAAACUAUUGAAGACCUCAAAGGGGUUACUGUAUUAGAAGACCAGGCUGCACUACCGAUUUCAUCUACCUCACCCUGUAUCAAAGCAGAUAUAGUACCCGUUUCUACAGCCUCUGCUUCAGGUUCCACCACAUCAGCAAUAAUGGCAAAACCAGCUGCUAUGGAAACACGUUCUGGUAAUGGAAUGAAUGAAAAAGGAGAGAAGGGACAGUCAGCUGGACAGCAUGGAUCACAAGAUAUUCUUGUGGACAGGGAUGUAGUUAAAAUCUUCUCCAGUGUUUCUCCAUCACAGGGUGACAUUUUAAGGACUGGAGUUCCUUUGGAGCCAUGGGACAGUGAAAAUUCAGUUAUUUCAGACCACUUGAGUAAUCCAAAAAGUUACAAAACAGAGAAAUUGCCAGAUGGAUCACCCCAGGCAAGCUUUACUCGUAGCUGCCCACAUUGCAAUGCCAUUGCAACCAAAGAUCUCGACCAUGUGGAUAGUUUGUGUAAUGCUGAUAAUACCAAUGAGGACCUUGACUGCUCGGACAGUGAGACUGCUGUUGCUGUUGUUGACAACUCUCUUCCUGGAGACCAACUAUGUGAGCCCAUUAAAAUUGUUAUCACAAUGAGUAGUACACCAAACACCUUCAGUGACCUAGCAGGCUCUGUCCAUCUAAAGGCUCUGGGUACUGAGAGAACAAGCUCAGCCCUCAGCUCUAGCAUAAUUACAGCAGAUCAACAGAGUCAACAAACUAAUGAACAGCUCAGAAUUCCUGUUAUAACUUUUGAUUUGUCUGAUGACAAUAAAGGUAAGACUUGUCCAGGAGUCAGUGGAAGUGAAAGAACUCUAGAAGUUUUAAAGGCAGAUCUCUCAUCCAAACAGUGUUCUGGCUAUGAAUCCGGUGAUCCAGACAAUGCAGUAAAGGAGCACAGCAAUCCAGCCAAUACUCCUUUAGAAACUAACAUUCAUUCAGAUCCAAAUGAGGAGAAUGCUUCUGAAAAUAUGCAGGUCGUGGCUUUCAAUUCUAAAGAAGAUCAACAGAACCUAGAUCCGCAGUCCUGUAGAACUGCGCGUGAAAAGAGGCACAUUCGAGUGCUGAGUGUAGACAGUGGGACAGAUGUUCUUUUGAGUAAGAAUUGCGUGGAGGUGACUGACAAAGAAAAGACCUUACCAACUUCUAAAUCUGAUCUGGAAGCUAAAGAAGGACAGGUGCCCAAUGAAUCGAACUUUCUAGAGUUUGUUUCCCUCCUCGAGUCCAUCAAUACCUCAAAAAUGAAGGCAUCCAAUCCAUCCACUGUCAAAAUGGAGACUACAAAAGAAAACGGUCCUGUUGGAGAUAGCCAGACGAUAGAGAGAAAAGAAGAAAUGGUGGGAACAGAAAAGCACUGUGAGCAACUUCCUAAACAGGAAAGAUCAGAUGUACAAAGCCAAGAUCGUGCUAGUACUAGUCCGGUGCUACCAGAGCCUGCCAAAUUUGCAGCACUUUACCAGGGCAACAGGCAAAGGCAGAUUAUCUACCGGGUAACUUCUCAGCAAGAUAGUUCUGUCUUGCAAGUAAUAAGUGGACCUGAGGCAUCUGUACAAGAUGAGCUAUCCGUGGAUGCAAUGCAUGUGUUCAUAGAUGAAAACGGGGAAAUUAGAUCCUGUUAUUUAAAGGCUGGCUGUCAGAAGGAAGGAAAUUUUCGACAUCAGCUAUCAAAUCGUGGUUGUAUUUCAAAUGCUCAUGAAAUACAGUUCAGCUCCUCUAGUACUACCACUUCAGAGAGCCAAGAACCAUCUUCUGGUGAUCAAGCAGCAAGCGCACUUCAACAGCAGCUCUUACUGAUGGUGGCACGAAGGACCCUUGCAGAAACCCCACGGCAACCCAGUCAGGACCUUGAAGAUUCUUCAUGUUCUUCAGCACAACGGAAAUUGAACAGGCAGUUUUACAAAUUUAUUAUAUUUCCUGGCAAAUGGAUUAAGGUCUGGUAUGAUCGGCUCACCUUGUUGGCAUUGCUGGACCGGACAGAGAAUAUAAGGGAGAAUGUAUUGACUGUUCUUCUAGUAGUUCUUGUUUCACUUCUUGGAUUCCUGACUCUGAAUCAAGGCUUUUGUAAAGACAUUUGGGUUCUGCUGUUUUGCCUCGUCAUGGCCAGUUGCCAGUAUUCCCUCUUAAAGAGUGUUCAGCCUGAUCCUGCUUCACCAAUACAUGGGCACAAUAAAAUCAUAACCUACAGCAGACCUGUAUAUUUUUGUAUAUUGUGUGGCCUUAUUUUGCUGCUAGAUGCUGGAUCUAAAGACUCAAACCCUUCAGUUUAUACAAUGUAUGGCUUGAAGUUCUUUUCACCUGGUUCUCUCCAAUCAGCCAGAGACCAUAUAAUAGUGUUCUUGUAUUGCUUUCCUGCAAUUUCUCUUCUUGGUCUUUUCCCUCAAAUCAACACCUUUUGUAUAUAUCUCUUGGAGCAAAUAGACAUGUUGCUUUUUGGUGGCUCUGCUGCUGCUGGGUUCCUAUCUGCACUGUACAGCAUUUCUCGAAGCUUUGUGGUUCUGAUUGUCCUAUAUGCGUUCUGCUUCAGUGCAGUGAAGGAACCUUGGGAUGCACAGCACAUUCCAGCACUGUUCUCUGCUUUCUGUGGCCUACUAGUUGCGCUUUCUUAUCACCUCAGCAGACAAAGCAGUGACCCAUCUGUACUAAUGUCUCUUAUUCAAUGCAAAUUUGUCCCUCACUUUCUUCGUCAGCAUUUUGAAGAUUCAUCAGCAGAUCCGCUCCCAGAAAAGAUGAGAGAAUCAGUGAAAGAAGUCUUGAAAUCAGAUCUCAUUGUCUGCACAGUUGCUGCUGUUCUGUCAUUUGCAGUCAGUGCCAGCACAGUGUUUCUAUCAUUAAGGCCAUUUCUCAGCAUUGUCUUGUUUGCUCUCGCAUGGACUGUGGGAUUCGUAACACAUUACAUACUUCCUCAGCUUCGCAAACAUCACCCCUGGCUGUGGAUCUCCCACCCCAUACUGAAAAGCAAAGAGUAUCGGCAACGGGAAGUGAAAGGUAGUGCUGUGGUGAGAACAAAUGACUGCUUGCAACUGGACAAGCAUCUACUAAGCAACUGUGAAUGGCAAUUCCACAGGUUUGUUCCUGGCUUUGUUUCACAGACUUCAGAUGCUGCUCAUCUGAUGUGGUUUGAAAGGCUUUAUGUGUGGCUUCAGUGCUUUGAGAAAUACAUUUUGUAUCCAGCUAUUAUACUGAAUGCUCUCACCAUUGAUGCUUUCUCAAUUAGUAAAUACAAGAAGCUCGGUACACAUUGUGAUAUUAUCCUGAUAACAGUUGCUGGGAUGAAACUUCUCCGCUCCUCAUUCUGUAAUCCUAUUAAUCAGUUUGUUACUUUGAGCUUUACUGUAAUCUUCUUCCGAUUUGACUGCAAAGAUAUUUCGGAAAACUUCUUGAUGGAUUUCUUCAUGAUGUCCAUUGUGUUUCACAAGCUGUGGGACCUACUGCAGAAGUUACAGUUCAUCAUGACAUAUAUUGCUCCCUGGCAGAUUGCCUGGGGAUCAUCGUUCCAUGUUUUUGCUCAGCUCUUUGCAAUACCUCACUCUGCUAUGCUUUUUUUUCAAACUCUGGCCACUUCAGUCUUUUCUACUCCACUGAGUCCAUUUCUUGGUAGCGUCAUCUUUAUCGCAUCAUACGCAAGACCAGUCAAGUUCUGGGAGAAAAAUUACAACACCAAAAGGUCGGACCAUUCCAACACCAGACUGGCAAUUCAGAUCGAAAAGGAUGCAGGAAAUGAUGACAAUAAUCUCAACUCCAUUUUUUAUGAGCAUUUGACAAGAUCUCUGCAGGAGUCUCUUUGUGGAGAUUUGAUACUGGGCCGCUGGGGAAACUACAACACAGGAGACUGUUUUAUUCUGACAUCGGAUUAUUUAAAUGCCUUUGUGCACUUGAUCGAAAUUGGAAAUGGCCUUGUCACCUUUCAGCUCAGAGGGCUGGAAUUUCGAGGGACAUAUUGCCAGCAGAGAGAAGUGGAAGCUAUAACAGAAGGAGAUGAAGACAAUGAAGGCUGCUGCUGUUGUAAGCCUGGACACUUGCCUCACUUGUUAUCAUGUAAUGCAGCCUUUAACCUCCGAUGGCUGACAUGGGAAAUAACACGAACCCAGUACAUCCUGGAAGGAUAUAGCAUCAUUGAUAACAACGCUGCAACAAUGCUGCAAGUGUUUGAUCUGCGGAGAAUACUUAUCAGAUACUAUAUAAAGAGUAUAAUAUACUUUACAGCAAGUUCGCCCAAAAUCAUUCACUGGAUAAAAGAUGAAUCCAUCCAAAAGAUACUACAGCCUUAUGCAAAGUGGCAUUAUAUUGAACGUGACCUCGCAAUGUUUAAUGUUAACAUAGAUGAAGAUUAUGUUCCAUGUCUCCAAGGAAUAACAAGAGCUAGUUUCUGCAGUGUUUAUCUGGACUGGAUUCAAUAUUGUGCUGGAAAAAGGGCGGAGCACCUGGACAGUGAUGAGGAUUCUCCUCUAGUAACGCUUUCCUUUGCCUUGUGUAUCCUUGGUCGAAGAGCUUUGGGAACUGCAGCUCACAAUAUGGCCAUCAGUUUAGAUUCUUUUCUCUACGGCCUCCAUGCACUGUUCAAAGGAGACUUUCGAAUAACAGCCAAAGAUGAGUGGGUCUUUGCAGACAUGGAUCUAUUGCAUAAGGUUGUUGCCCCAGCAAUCAGAAUGUCUCUGAAGCUGCAUCAGGACCAGUUCACCUGCCCAGAUGAGUAUGAGGACCCAGCAGUUUUAUAUGAAGCAAUCCAGUCUUUUGAAGAAAAGGUUGUGAUUUGUCACGAAGGGGACCCAGCCUGGCGCAGUGCUGUACUCUCCAACAGGGAAGAGCUGCUAACCCUGAGACAUGUGGUAGAUGAAGGAGCAGAUGAAUAUAAAGUUAUCAUGCUCCACAAAAGCUACUUGAGCUUCAAAGUUAUCAAGGUGAACAAGGAGUGUGUCAGAGGGCUUUGGGCUGGGCAGCAGCAGGAACUGAUCUUCUUACGCAAUCGUAACCCGGAGAGAGGAAGCAUCCAGAAUAAUAAACAGGUUUUGCGGAACUUAAUUAAUUCUUCAUGUGAUCAGCCACUGGGAUACCCAAUGUACGUUUCCCCUUUAACCACCUCGUACCUUGGGACACACAGCCAACUGAGGAACAUUUGGGGGGGACCUGUCAGUUUGGACAACAUUAAACAAUGGUUCAUAUCCAAAUGGUUAAGAAUGCGAAAGGACUGUCACGCAGCUCACCACGACAGAGGUAACGUUGAAGAGGUGGAUGGUGGAGGGGGGUCUUCAUCCGGCAGCAAUUCCACAGGUAAUUCAAGCCACAGCAGUAGCUCGCAGCACACCAGAAACGGAACACCUCAGUUGCAGGCUGCAUCACAGGAGGUCCACCAGCACACAGGCAGGAGAAAACUCAGGAGUCACUCUGUCCAGGCACACACUGCUUUAAACCAAAGGCCCCCUGUUUCAAGUCACUCUGGACCAAUCGUAGAAAGCCGCCAGCCUUUCAUCCAAACAUCUACAUCUGCCCACGAAAUUGCCCACAGGCUUUCUAGUAGUCAGCUGUCACUCCACAACUCGGCAACAUCUGUUUUUUCUCAAUCCCCUGCCGUUCCUGUUGCUGGCCAGCUGACUGUGCAGGACCAAGCUGCAGCAAUGCUCAGGUCCAGUCUGGCCUCUUCCACCAGCUCAACUCUCAGCCUGCUGUUUGGCAAGAGGAGUUUUUCAAGCGCUUUGGUGAUUUCUGGGCUCUCCGCUGCAGAUGGAGGUAACACCAGUGACACCCAGUCAUCCAGCAGUAUGAAUAUUGCCAUGGGUCCAUCUGCCAGAGCAGCAAGUCAAGCAGCUCAGCAGCUCACUGAGACCUGUGAAGCAACUGAUGCUACAGACUCCAGACCCCGAAGAGACACAGGCCCUGCCUGUGCCAUAUUCAUGAGCCGGAACUUGGAGUGCAGAAGGGCUAGCCAAGAAGAUAUGGCCCUGGAAGACACAGCAUCUCAGGAAAGCCUGUCUGAAGAGCAGUAAGGACUAUUCCUAGAGCAAGGGCCACAUGCUUCUAAAGACAGACAGUUAGGUCAAGGAGCUGCAGGUGGGUUUAAGUUCUUUCAAAUGUAACAAGCAACCUCCAAAACUUUAUUUUUCUAGCUUCUAAGCAAGAAUUCUAUGGCGUAGAUGUUCUUCAGAUAAAGGCCUUGGGUUGAAAGAUGUCCUAACAAAAACAGUGCCACUUCAUCUCAGGUCCUUGUAAAUCCUAGAACAAUGAAUACAAUU